GGGAUUGAAGCUAUGUCAAAAAGACAAAGAAAGAAGCUAAUGAGGCAGAAACAGUGGGAAGAGCAGAGAGAUUUGCGCAAGAAGAAACGUAAAGAAAAACACUUGAAGAGAAAACUGGAGCGCCAGUCUCAACUGGAAUCAAGCAAUGAAGGAAGCAUCAGGAAGCACAUGCAUCGGGAUAUUGUUCCCAGUACCCUUCGUCUUAUAAUAGACUGCAGUUUUGACAGUUUAAUGGAGAUAAAGGAUGUCAAGAAACUUCACAAGCAAAUUCAGAGGUGUUAUGCGGAAAAUCGUAAAGCGCUUCAUCCUGUACAGUUUUACUUGACAAGUCAUGGAGGCCAGUUGAAAGACAACAUGGAUGAAACUGACAAAGGAUGGGUAAAUUGGAAGGAUAUCUACAUUAAAUCAGAGCACUAUAGUGAACUGAUAAAGAAGGAAGACCUUGUUUACCUUACAUCAGACUCUCCUGACAUCCUGAAUGAACUAGAUGAAUCCAAAGCAUAUGUCAUAGGUGGCUUGGUGGAUCACAAUCAUCACAAGGGCAUCACAUAUAAAAGGGCACAAGAACUUGGAAUAACUCAUGCACAGCUUCCAUUGGGAGUCUUUGUAAAAAUGAACAGCAGGAAAGUUCUGGCAGUGAAUCAUGUGUUUGAGAUAAUACUUGCAUACCUAGAGAAAAGAGUGUGGGAAGAAGCAUUUUUCACUGUCCUGCCACCACGGAAAGGAGCCAAGCCGCUGCAUGCAAUAACUGACGCCUGUGUGUGCAAGCUAAAAGACUCAGAAGAAGUUCAAGAUGAAGUGUCUGAUAGUGACUAACUUCUUGGAGGAAUAUACAUAAAGUAUCAUGGACUCUGAGGGGAGGAAGCUGGAUUGAAUAUACAGGUGCAGCAUGUUGUACUUGUGGUGCAGAACUGUUUAUGGGGCAUUGUAUAGCUUGGCAGUUU